GCCGUUUCCUGUAAUCGUACAGUGUUGUGAGACGGAGAAAGCCAUGUGUGUCGAUGCAAAGCAGUUUGCUUAGGCAUUGAGAAGAUCUGGACGACUACUAUUUAGCUUCCAUCUCGGAGUGUGUCUAACGUUGUGCCCAUCUCCCUGUGUGGAGAGGGGGCAAGAUGGCAGAUCCCAUCAUGGACCUCUUUGAGGACACACCCCUGUUUAACCUGGAUGCCCUCCCGGACGACUCCUUUUCUCAGGGCUCCUCUGACCCUGUGGAAGAGGCCCUUAAGCUGGCGUUGGGCCAGGUGGACGCACCAGCCGAGUCGGAGCCCGCACCUGAGCUGACGGUCAGCACAGGCCUCGGUGCUUCUGUAGCAGCAGCCCCCGCCAUCCCCGACCCUGUCCCCGUUCAACCCCCCACACAGCAGCCGGUGCCGGUGGUGCCUAUUCAGACUAUUUCCAUAGCUGCAACUCCAACUGUAGUCCCUGCCCCUGUUGAUACUAUACCUCAAAUCCAAGCCCAGGCCACCAUACCCAUUGUUAGCAAUGCAAGCGUGGUCACCAGUAGCACUGUCCUGCUGAGCUCACCUCUGACUGUUUCCACAUCCCCGAUCACCACCACCGCCACCACACAGCAGCUCACACAGAUAACGCACCAGCUCACUCCCCAGCAGUUAGCUGCCAUCACACAGCAGGCUGGUGGUAAAAUUGUCAUUCUCAAAGGUCCCCAGGGUCAAGCCCAGGUGCUGCAGACUGUGUCUGGAGCCACAGGCCAGACCAGUGGAAAGGUUAUCCGUGUGUUGUCUGGCACUCCUCUCAAACCUGGCAUGUCCAUAUUGCAGGGGGGAACAGUCUUGAACCAGGCGAGUCCAGGACAGACUCAAGUAAAGGUGGGUGCUGCAGGAGUGCAGAGGCUGCUGCAAUCUCCCAAUGGGCCAGUGAAACAGGUGCUACUCACCUCCAUGCCCCAGCAGGUGCAACAGACGCAAGGCCAGCAAGUUCAGGUGCAGAUCCCAGCCCAAGGCCAGACUCAAGUCCAAGUCCAAUCCCAAGGCCAGGUGCAGCUCCAGCCAGCGAUGCAGGCACAAACACAGGGUGAAGGAAAACGGAUCACUCUGGUUCUCCAGCAGUCCUCCCAGGCUGCCUCUGCUGUGUCAGCGGGUCAAGCUGUUACAGCCCAGCAGCAGGUCACACAGGUUCAGACAGCAACAGGCCAACAGGCCCAAACCCCAACUAGACUAGUACUGGGUCAGCUCCCCGGGGGCAAACUGGUGCUCCAGGGAAGCCAGCUAGCAGCCUUGACCCAAGCCCGGGCUGCAGGCCAGGCUGGAGGGCAGCCCAAAGUCCUCACAAUUCAGCUGCAGGUUCAGCAGCAGCCCAACCAACAAGGAGGAGUUAAGUACCAGCUGGUAUCAGGAACUGGCAAUGCUGGCGGCCCCCAGGUGCUGCAGAUCUCCCAAGGCCAAGGAGGACAGAGAGUCGCAGUGCCGCUCAAAAUGCUUCUGCAGCCACAGACGAGCGCAGUGUCUUCGGCUGGCGGGACAGUCUCAGUGGUGAAGGUCAUCAACACGUCGGCAGCAGGCCCUUCCACUACAACCACUCCAUCCCAGGCCAUCCGCAUCACCAAGGCCCCCGGCGAGCCCGCCUCCGUGCGACGGGUGGAGAUCCUGUGCAAGCAAGAGAAGGCGAACCGCAUCGUGGCCGAAGCCAUUGCACGGGCCAAAGCGCGCGGCGAGAAGAACCUCCCCAGAGUCCUGAACCAGGACGAGCUUCCAUCUACGCAAACUUCUCCAGAGAUGGGGGGCACUUUGACCGUGGUGUCUGCUGCUAAGAAGAAGUCCAGCGGAGGAGGGAGCAAGAAGAAAAGUUCCAUAGCUGGAGGAAUGACACCCAAAACCACAGGAGGGGCUGACAAAAAGAGCAAAGUGAAAACGCCGGGAGGGACAACCACAGUGGCCGGAGGCACAGUAAUACCUGGGGCUGGGAACAAGAGCAAAAGUAAAACCAAGACAAACACUAUUACUCUAGUGGGAGCCAAGAAAAGAAAGAGGAACGCAUCCUCAGACCACUCUGAUGGGGAGUUGAGCCCCGCCUCACCUGCUGCACUGGAGGAUGACAUGACAAUGAAGAGGCGCUCCAAUCGCGUUGUGAAAAGGAAGAAGUACACCGAAGACCUGGAUAUCAAGAUAACGGACGACGAGGACGAGCAGGAAGACGUAGAUGUUACUACGACAGCGGCGGCCGUGGCGUCCAUCAGCGGCGGGAGCGCAGCGCAACUCAAGCAGGAAUUGGAGUUGGAUGGCGACGGACAGCCCAGCAUGCAGUUCUUUGUGGAAAACCCAGCUGAGGAAGAUGCUGCGAUUGUAGACAAAGUUCUUUCUAUGAGAUUAACCAAGAAGGAUGUGACCCAAGGCCAGUACACCACUGUUGAGGAAUUCUUUGUAAAAUACAAGAACUAUUCAUACUUACACUGUGAGUGGGCCAGUUUGGAGCAGCUGGAAAAAGAUAAGAGGAUCCAUCAAAAGAUCAAGAGGUUUAAGACCAAGCACGCGCAGAUGAGGCACCUGUUCCAAGAGGAGGAGGAGCCGUUCAACCCCGACUACAUGGAGGCGGACAGGAUCCUGGACGUAUCCCACAGUGUGGACAAGGACAACGGCGAGCCUGUUAUCUACUACCUGGUGAAGUGGAGUUCUCUGCCUUACGAAGACGCCACCUGGGAGCUAAAGGAGGAUGUGGACGAGGGCAAAGUUGAAGAGUUCAGCAAAAUCCAAGACCGACAACCUCGCUUGAAGAGAGCGGUGCGGCCUGCAGCCAGUUCAUGGAAGAAAUUGGAGGAGACCAGAGAGUACAAGAAUGGCAAUACUCUCAGAGAGUAUCAGCUAGAGGGAGUCAACUGGCUGCUUUUCAACUGGUACAACAGGCAGAACUGUAUCCUGGCAGAUGAGAUGGGUCUGGGAAAGACCAUCCAGUCCAUCGCGCUGCUGUCUGAGGUGUACGAUGCCGGCCUCCAGGGCCCCUUCCUGGUCAUCGCUCCCCUCUCCACCAUUACCAACUGGGAGAGGGAGUUCUCCACGUGGACCAGCAUGAACGCCAUCGUCUACCACGGCAGCCUGGCCAGCCGACAGAUGAUCCAGCAGUAUGAGAUGUACUGCAAGGAUGACAAGGAACAUUUGAUCCCAGGUGCGUACAAGUUUGACGCCCUCAUCACAACCUUUGAGAUGAUUUUGUCUGACUGCCCGGAGCUGAGGGAGAUCGCCUGGCGCUGUGUGAUCAUCGAUGAAGCUCACCGCCUCAAGAAUCGCAACUGCAAGCUGUUGGACAGCUUGAAGAUGCUGGACCUGGAACACAAGGUCCUGUUGACAGGCACUCCUCUCCAGAACACUGUGGAGGAACUCUUCAGCUUGCUUCAUUUCCUGGAGCCUGCCCAGUUCCCUUCUGAGACAGAGUUCCUCAGAGACUUUGGAGACCUCAAAACGGAGGAACAGGUUCAAAAGCUGCAGGCCAUCUUGAAACCCAUGAUGUUGCGAAGGCUCAAGGAGGAUGUCGAGAAGAAUUUGGCACCCAAACAGGAGACCAUCAUUGAGGUUGAGCUGACGGAUGUCCAGAAGAAGUAUUACAGAGCCAUCCUGGAGAGGAACUUCAGUUUCCUCAGUUUAGGGGCAAACAGUAACAGCAACGUCCCCAAUCUGCUCAACACUAUGAUGGAGCUGCGCAAGUGCUGCAACCACCCCUACCUCAUCAAUGGCGCGGAGGAGAAGAUCGUAGCAGAGCUGCGGGAGGUUUACGACCCCCUGGCUGCGGACUUCCAUUUGCAGGCCCUGAUCCGGUCAGCCGGCAAGCUGGUGCUACUGGACAAGCUGCUGCCACGCCUCAAAGCUGGCGGCCACAAAGUGCUCAUCUUCUCCCAGAUGGUGCGCUGCUUAGACAUUCUGGAGGACUACCUCAUCAACAAAAGAUACCUUUACGAGCGAAUUGAUGGCAGAGUUCGUGGGAACUUGCGACAAGCUGCCAUCGAUCGCUUUAGCAAGCCCGACUCGGACCGUUUUGUCUUCCUGCUGUGUACCCGUGCUGGUGGUCUGGGUAUUAACCUCACUGCUGCCGACACCUGUGUUAUAUUUGACUCUGACUGGAACCCUCAGAAUGACCUGCAGGCUCAAGCACGGUGUCAUCGUAUUGGCCAGUCUAAGGCGGUCAAGGUCUACCGUCUGAUCACCAGGAACUCGUACGAGAGGGAGAUGCUGGAUAAAGCGAGUCUCAAGCUUGGCCUGGACCGUGCCGUCCUGCAGAGCAUGAGCGGCAACAAAGACAGCAGUGUCAACGGGAUCCAGCAGUUCUCCAAGAAAGAGAUCGAGGACCUGCUGAGGAAAGGAGCCUACGCAGCCAUCAUGGAUGAGAACGAUGAGGGCAGUCGCUUCUGCGAGGAGGACAUCGACCAGAUCCUUCAGCGAAGAGCCACCACCAUCACCAUCGAGAGCGAAGGCAAGGGCUCCACGUUCUCCAAGGCCAGCUUCGUGGCCUCUGAGAACCGCAACGACAUCGCCCUCGAUGACCCUGAAUUCUGGCAGAAGUGGGCCAAGAAAGCGGACAUAGACAUGGACACCAUCAACAGGAAGAACACUCUGGUGAUCGACACUCCCAGAGUACGCAAGCAGACCCGUCAGUAUUCCACUUUACGAGGUGAAGGUGGAGAACUGUCUGAUAUGGAAAGCGACGACGAGUAUCCACCCGCCAAUUCCAGACAGUCGCGGUCCUCCCGACGCUCCGACCGCCACAGUGGAACUGGCUACGGUCGCACUGACUGUUUCCGGGUAGAAAAACACCUGCUUGUCUAUGGUUGGGGUCGCUGGAAGGACAUCCUCUCCCACGCCAGGUGUAAACGGCGACUGAGCGAUCGCGACGUGGAGACGAUCUGCCGAGUCAUCUUGGUAUUUUGCCUGCUCCAUUACCGCGGAGACGAGAACAUCAAGAGUUUCAUCUGGGAGCUCAUCACGCCGCCGGAGAACGGUCGUGAACCCCAAACACUACUUAACCACUCUGGCCUGUCCAUCCCUGUUCCAAGAGGCAGGAAGGGUAAGAGGGUGAAAGCCCAGAGUACAUUUGAUGUACAGAAGGUGGAGUGGAUCCGCAAGUACAACCCUGACACCCUGCUGCUUGACGACAGCUACCGCAAACACCUCAAACACCAGUGCAACAAGGUGUUGCUGAGGGUGCGUAUGCUCUACUACCUGAAACAGGAGGUGAUUGGCGAACAUGCUGACUCUGUCCUGAAAGGAGCUGAUAUCAGGGAUGUUGAUGUCUGGAUGCCUGAGAUGGAGCAGCAGGAGGUACCAGCAGGAUGGUGGGAUACUGAAGCAGACCGCUCACUGCUGGCCGGCGUAUUUAAACAUGGUUAUGAGAUGUACACCACUAUGCGCGCUGAUCCCUGUCUCUCCUUCCUGGAGAGAGCCGGUCGGCCCGACGACAAAGCCAUUGACGCCGAGCAGCAGACCGGUGAUGCCGAGAUGGGAGACGAAGCUGACUAUGACAAGUAUUCAGAGGACCCAGAGUUCAAGCCUGCCUCAAGACACGCCAAAGAUCUUUUCGAGGAGGCUGACUCUAUGAACGUGGAGGAUGAGAUUUCUGUCGAAGACAAGGCGGGGCCACCAGUGAUCAUAGAAAGCUAUACCAGCCAGAGUCAGAGCGGCGCUUGUGAGUGGCCCUCCAGCUCAACGCUCACAGCGCGGUUGCGGCGGCUGAUCACGGCGUACCAGCGCAGCUACAGGCAGGAGCAGCUGAAGAUCGAAGCCGAGGCGAAGGGCGACCGCAGGCGCAGGCGGUGCGAACAAGCCAGCAAGCUGAAGGAGAUCGCACGGCAGGAGCGACAGCAAAGGUGGACACGUAGGGAGGAAUGCGACUUCUAUCGUGUGGUGUCAACUUUCGGCGUGGAGAGGAUUAAAAAAGAGCCAGGUCUUCCCGAGGGCGGAGAAGCCGAGUUUGACUGGAACCGCUUCCGCACCUUUGCUCGUCUAGAUAAAAAAACUGAUGAGAGCCUCAGUCGAUACUUCCGUGCUUUCGUCGCCAUGUGCCGGAGGGUUUGUCACCUGCGCCCGGUCCGUGGUGAAGAUACAGUAGAGCAUUCUCAGACUGUGGCCCCCAUCACUGAAGAGCGUGCUUCCCGCACACUUUACCGUAUAAGCCUCCUGCGUCGCCUACGUGAGCGAGUCUUGCCGAACCCCUCCCUGGAGGAACACCUGCUGCUGACCCCGACCAGCUCUGAGCUGCCCACAUGGUGGAGUGUACCGGACCACGAUCGUCAGCUGAUGCUGGGCGCCGCCCUGCACGGUGUCAGCCGCACCGAGCUCUCCAUCUUCGCAGACCCACAGUUCACCUUCAAUCAGGCCCGCGAAGAGUUCAUCCAGACCCAGCAGGCCGCACCACCGCCACCUCCACCACCAAUGGCACAGCCCGUCAUGCCCGUCAUGCCCAUCAUGCCCAUCAUGCCCCUCAGCCAACCAAAGAUUGAGGAGGACGUGUCCGGCGUGAAGGAGGAGGGACCCGAAGACGACGCCCACUUGCUCGGAGGUGAAUUGGGCGCCAGCCUGCAGAGCACGCCUUUGAGUCAUCAUGACGGCAAGGUGGGUGGGCCGGGCUGGAGCUUCAAGGGUAGCAGGCCCAGGGGAAGAGGAAGAAAGGGAGGCGGAGAAGGAGGAUCUGAUUCAGAUUCGGAUUCGGAUUCAGGCUCAUCGUCUUCUGAGCGAUCAGGCAGCAGCGAUGACAGCGGAGAGAGUGAGGAAGAGGGGGAACGAGCUGGUAUGAAGGUGUGUGACGGGGAUGAAGAUAACAGUUUACUCUCCAUGACUGCGUCUCAGGAUGGCAUUCCACCCCCAGAUCCUCUCAGAAUGGAGUGGCCCAAGGACCGCGUGUUGAUCAACCGUUUGGACAGUUUAUGUACGCUGGUGCUGACCGGUCAGUGGCCGUCAGGUCGACGCUACGUGUCUGAGGCUCAGCUCAACCCGAGCUCAGAGCUGAUGGGAGACGAGAUGGCCUACACGAGGGUGAUCCGUAAACCCACCAUUACACCUGGUGGUCCCGGAGCUGAGGGAGAAGACGGAGAAUUCACUGUUAAACUCCUCAAGGAGGAGGGACUGAAGCUGACCUUCUCUAAGCAGGCCUUGAUGCCCAAUGGCUCUGGAGGAGAGAGCAGCCGCAAGCGACGCAAGGACCAAGAGUUAUCAGACCCAGAUGGACUCAACGAUUCAUUGGAGCGAAUUCCUCGUCGCAGGGACCCUCCCACCUGGCUGAAGGAGAACCCAGACUAUGAGGUGGAGGGAGACAUGCUGGAGCUUCUCGUGAACAGGAGCAAGAGGAAGAGGAGGAGGAGGUCAGAUAAAGCCGUGACGGGCAGCGAGAAGGUCAAAGUCAUUAACAUGAGGACAGGGAAGAAGGUCGGAAAUUCUUUCUGUCCGUUGCUGCAAGACCUGAGGGAAUACCUGGAGGAGAAUCCUGAUAAUGCUGUAGCACCCGAUUGGUCUGAAACUGUUCGUAACUCUGGCUUCCUGCCUGAGACUUUCUUCCACCGACUGCUGACCGAGCACUCGGAGAUCCCUAAGAAAAGCCGGCGCCGCCAUCAUCACCACCACCACCACCACCACCAUCACCACACUCCAGAGCCCACCCCUGUAGACCCCAACAUAGACGGAGUUGAAGAGGAGACUCUGGUGUCAGACGGAGCCUACAUGAUGGAUGAGGAGGACCUGGAGACCUCCCAUCACUUCCUCACGAGUCCGGACUUUGACGUUAAAAUGGAGGGUGGGGACAGCCUUUCCCAAGGUGACUAUGACAGCUCGGAUCAAGAAGCUCUAUUGGACGAUGUCAUCAUAGCACAGAAGGACUCCGACUCCUCAUCUAGCUCAGAGGAUUGACUGAACCCCACUCGCCCAACACAUCUGACUUAGUCCCCUUCUCAGAGAUGAAUUAUGUUAUUCCUCAUCAUUUAUUUUUACCAUAUUAUGUAUCAAAUUAUGGAUGAAUGUGUUGUUUUGUUGCUACUUUUAUUCAUUUUAUUUUAUAUAGGAUUUUUUUUCCAUGAAAGGAGCAGGUUUGCACCCAUCUGUUUUCUUUUUCAUCAUUGAGAAUUGUGUCCAACUUUCUCUCCUCAGUCCUCUUCUCUAACCUCUGACAAAAUGGCAAAAAGCUGAGCUUUCUUACUUCAUGACUCGUCAUUCUCCUCCUCUUCCUCCAAAUCUAUGAAUUCCCAUCACAUUCCCAGCCGUGACCAAAAGGGGACCCCUGCUGUACAGAUACCAUUUUCUUAUCUAAGAACCUCAAUACCAGUCCUCUCGCGCUACAUGAAACUGGACAUGUGUACUGAGCAGAGCCUGAAUCCAGAUCCCACAAUACCCCAAUCUCGUUUGGUCAUAUCUUGUGUGUCCAGACGAGUCUGUGAACUACAAGGGGAUCCGGUGUGUGGAUGUUCUGUUAUUGUUUUCACUA